AUGCUGCUUCCUGGUGCUCUCCUCCUCCUGGGAUUUGCCUUCCCCGCGGAACUGCGAGUCCGCGGACCCCCGGGGCCCCCUGCGACCCUGGGCCCACCGGCCUUGGUGUCUCGAGGGAGUACAGCUUCCGUUGGUGGGCCCCCAAAGACCUCUUCUGAAGAGACCUCUUCCACACGGUGGGUGUUGAGCAGCAAGUCAUGGGUCGGCUCAGAUGUGUUUCUAACAUCCAAAUAUGCAUUCUUGGUGGGGUUGUUCCUCAUAGACAUUCCUGGGGUGACCUUUCGGUUAGCUGCGCUGCUGCAGGAGGGUCCCCUAGAGGGGGGGCCCCUUUUGUGCCCUUUGCUUCUCAAAAACUUCGUUUGGCUGGCGCUAAGACCCCUCCGCAUGCACCAAUGUGUGCUGGCAGAGAAGGAAGAGGCGCAGUGGUUCCAAAGAGAGGUCCUCACUGUAGCAGCAGACGCGUUGCUUCACCCUCCUGCUCCGGCUGCUGCGGACACAGCCGCAGCAGAGACCCCCUCCUUGUUCAUGGGCCACCGUGGCCUUGCUUCUACUCCUCCACUUCCAAGAGCAUCAUUAGACGGAACUGCUGUACCUGCAGCAGCAAGAAGGAGGCCCCCAGACAAAAGGAGACAGGGUACCGCAAGAGGAGCCUCUCAACGAGGACGCGGGCAACGUAGACGUGAGUCUUUCAAACCUGAAGCAGCAGAAUCAAGGGCGGUUGCUGCUGCUGCUGCAGCUGCUGUCCACGAGAGACAGCAAGCCUUCCUGUUACACCUCCUGGGUAUGGAUCCAACAACUUGCCCUACAAGCAUAGAGCUGUCUCUUUGCUCCGCAGCCGCAGAAGCUAACGAUGUGUUGAUAGCAGGGCCAGGUUCGCCUGGGAGAGAAGAGGCCCGUUCUGCAGCAGCAACAGCAGCAGCAGAAGCAAAAGCACGGCGAUCAGCUUCAACGCUCACAGACGUGCAGCAGCAGCGAACACACAGGAGGCCGCUGGAGGCUUUACUGACGUACAAACCCCGGCGCAUCUUGAAAUUGCUGGGGAAGCAGCAUGAAGAGGCGCAAGGGGGUACCCACUCUGCAGCAGAAGCAGCAACAGUAGCAACAGGAGAAACGGCAGCUGCAACAGCAACAGCAGCAGCAGCUGCAGCGGCAAAAGGUGCAGGAGCUUCGAAGAAGCACUUAAGACCUAUGUUACCCAAAGCCCUUACCCUUGAAAGACUAAGGAGACUCCACAAAGAAGGCAUUAGGCCGGAGGGACUGCGCAGCUGCUUAUCUGCUGCUCUUGAGUCUUCUGCUGCAGUAACAGCCUCCCAUGACUCUUCAGCAGCGGCAGCAGCAGCAGCUGCUGCAGCAACCGCAAGGGAGAACGCAGCUGCAGCUGCAGCCAAAAAGGCUCCAGAAACAGCUGCAGCAGAAGCCCAAGCUCAAAGGCAACUGGGCAGGAGGCUUGGAGGGCGUUUGCUGUCUCUUCGUGUUCUUCCAGGCCGCCGCCGCUCUACCGUGCCUUCCCUGCUGCACCAAACCGAGCAGCAGCAACGGCGGCAGCAACAGAAGCAGCAACAGCAGCAGCAGGAAAAGCAGAAGCUGCAGCUGUCUGUACCGCUCCCUACUUGUCCUGUGCGUCUGCAGUCGUAUCCAGGGACACCUGCCGAUCCUUCCGAGGUGACAGUCUCUGUGACAAGUAGGGCAGGGUCUCCUUCUCUGUCUCUGCUGCAGUGUUCUUCUCUGUCGCCUUGCAACCGUGUUGCUGCGCUUCCUAAGGGGGGGAGGCCCCAGGGGCCCCCUGUUCAUUCUCUCCAAGCCCCACAUUUCAAACCACAACAGGUAAGGGGAGAUGAGGCCCCUGGGCUGGGUCCUGCUGCUCGAAAGACACACAGGGGUCCCCCCGCUGUUGUAGGUAAAUCCACCGAGGGCACUCCGCACAAACCGUUUGGGUGCCGUACUCCCGGAGGCCCCAGCCAUAGUGUAUCCUUAGCCCAGGCCUUCCUCAACCUACAGGCACAAGACAGCCAAGAUUAUGGAGACAGCGACACCUCAGAAGCAGCAGCAGCAACACCAGCACGGGCAGCAGAAGCAGUAACACCAGCAGCGGGGUGCCGCACCUGCAGUUCCAUUUCCACUAUCCACCCUCUUCCAUACACCGACGAGGCACGGGCCGCUUUUGCUACAGCCGCUGCUGCUCCAGCUGUUGCAGCAGCAGCUGCUGCUGCAACAGCACAUAGUGAACUCAAGACAAAGGACGGAGAAAAUGUAGACACCCCAAAUAACUGUUGCUGCUGCUCCUGGUUACUGCAUCUGGGGAGGAGACAGCGAGAGGUUUCACAGCCGCAGCAGCAGCACCGCUCACAGCAGCAACACCACCAGCAGCAGCAGAAUCGGCAGCAGCGGCGGUCCCGCGAUAUUAUGGUACAGCACCUGCAGCAGGGCGUGGCGAAGGGGCAUUCAUCGUCGUACCCCUCUAAGCAGUUGAUGGAGUCCCUGAGGAAGAGGCAGCAGCUGCUGCUGCAGCAGCAGCUCCCCCUUAAAGGUGUCGGCAUAGGUGUGCUGCUUCAUCGUUUGCUACGGCUAUUGCUGUGUCCAAGGGGAAGGGGCUUCGCUGCUAUAAUAGACGACGGGGUAUGCAUGCAGCGCAAGCAGCAGCUGCUGUUGGCUGCUCUUGCUGCUGCACCCCACUUAGCGAAGCUGCUGCUGAUCCUACGUCCUUUCCUGGGUCUGCUUCCUUUGCUCCAGCACUUGCAGCAGCCGCAGCAAGACGAGCAGCAGCCUGCCGAUGGAGCAGCAGCACCCCGCAGCAACAGCGUAGAUACACGUGCCGCAGGCGUGCAACAGCAGCAGCAGCUGCUGCUGCUUCGCAGCACCAGCAGCAGCAAGUAG